GAGCUGCUGGCGGAGGUCGAGGCGGAGAAGCGCGGCAAGGGCAAGAAGGGCAAGAAGAAGAAGAAGGCCGGCGGGAGCGGCGGCGCUGGGCCGUCGCAGGAGUCCGAGGCGCCGGCAGAGGAGGCAGCCGCAGCCAAGCCCGCGAAGCUGGACAGGGAGGGGUUGAUCAGGCUUCUCGAGACGCUCCACGAGGAGCGGAUUCGCCAAGGCGAGGCGCGUCUCGGCGGCCGCUGCGAGGGCGAAGGCGCGGGAGGCAGCCUAGCCCGCGAAGACCAAGAGGUCUGUUGCGUGCUGGCGCGCACUGGCAAUGGCCAAUGCCAAUGGCGGGAAGGGUAUGGAAGCUUGUUCUGCGUGCUGGCAAUACCAAUGCGCAACUGCACGGGGGGAAGAUACUGCUACUGGGGCUCUGGUCUAUGGUGA